AUGAGCUUUCGAAACGUCGUGAAAGAUGGAUGGCAUCCAAAAGGACGGGAUGGAGGAAAAGAAUCUUGGAGGGGUGACUUCAAGGGCAUCAAUCAAGUGGCUGGCUGGAUGGGAAAAGGCAAAGAUGGCAAGGCAGGCGAAUCUUCCCAACAGCAUGUAUCCCGCCCUCUGUCAACGCUCAAAGAUCCGUCCUCCUUCGGUCCUCCUCCAAAGAAUGUUAACUACCACGGUGGUGCUGCUUUGCCCAACGAGAUCACACCUCACCGAGACGGCUGGGGCGCACCCUUGACCCAGGAUCAAAUACAUGAGGCAAGUCUUGCUGCCAGCCGUCCAGCCGAAGAGGAGGUGCAGGAGCAGGUAACACCAGCUGGGCCUCCUUUGCCAUACCGCGCGGACCGGACAGGUCUGAGGACUGAUCAUUUACCUCCACCGCCGACCGCUCGUCGCGAUAUCAAUACAAGUCCAGCGCCUCCCAAUGGGGCGCAACAGCCACCCAAACCGAAACCAGGUCUUCCUCCUAGGCUACCAUCACGACAAAACACUGCCAGUAGCGUUGCUGGGCUCCCAGUAUCCUCGCCUCCUCCCGCCUACGAAACUCUGCCCGCCAAACAACCCAGUCCACAGCCAAGUUCGCAUUUUGGAAUCAAUCAAGCUGCUGUCAAUCGACUGGGGGAUGCGGGAGUCUCAGUCCCAGGGCUUGGGAUUGGAUCCCAAUCCACUUCCACCAACCCAUGGCAAAACGAACCAAGCCAGUCCACUAUUCCAAAGAGCCCGUCACCUAACCCUCCCCCUUCAACGGCCCCAGCGCUGAACCAACUUUCAGAGCUCCAAUCUCGCUUUUCCCGCAUGAACUCGACCACCCAACCACCCCCGCCUGUCCAGCAAUCUCAGUCCCAAGCCCAACCGCAGGGAACAAGCUGGGCCGAAAAGCAGGCGGCCCUACGUACUGCCUCCAACUUUCAAAAAGACCCGUCCUCCGUAAGCAUGUCAGAUGCCCGCUCCGCAGCCACUACUGCCAACUCGUUCCGCGAGCGGCACAAAGAGGACAUUUCGGCCGCGGGUCAGCGUGCCAAUCAAUUCAAUAGGAAAUACAAUGUGACGGGAAAGCUCAACAGCUUCCUCGAGAAACACAGCUCGCCAUCGUCCGAGACAACACCACAGAUUCCUCAGUAUCAGCAACAGCAACAAACGUCGACUCCGGUAGCCGUACACGAACCUCAUAAUUCCUCCGCUGUCGCGCCGGAACACAUUCAACCGCAACCACAGGUCCAACAGCAGAGCCCCGAACUCACAGCAUCGAUAUCAAGAAAACCGCCGCCGCCACCGCCGCCGCCGAAGAAACCAGCCAAUAUGCAAAGGAGUAUCAAUGGAACUGCUGGAAGCGCGGGUGCUGUAACAGGUGCGGUGUCCCCGCCACCGGUUCCAUUGGGGACGAAGCCAGGUUAUGCUUAA